CCCUAUGAUAGCAAAGUGUUGUACUGAAUUGAUGGUAGAGGCGGGCGUAGCCAGAAGUAACACAGCAAGAAACCUAUUGAACACUUUGUGCAGAGAUGAGGUUCCUGCAUUUUUGGUUGGUUUUGUCAAAGACAUGUUAACCAGGAGAAGACCAAAAAUAGAAGAGAACCAAAUCAAUAGUACAGAGAUGAAAGAGGAGCAAGAAAGAUUUUCUCGACUGAUUCUAGAUAUUCAAAGGACAGAGGAUUAUGUCCAGAGUGCAUCUGUUUUAAAGAUGGCAUCAAAAAAGUUUGAUCAAAAUCCAUUUUUUCCACAAGCACUUGCUCGUUUUUAUUACACGGAACUAAAAGACUACAACCUGGCAGAAAUGUGGGCAAAGAGAGCAAAGGAAAGAGAUCCCCAAAGUUCAUUUAUUACUGACACACUGGGCCAAGUCCAUAAGAACCACCUGAAGAACAUAGAGCAUCCUGCCAAUCCAAGAGAAAUUUUGCAACUGGCCGCAAAGGCCAUUAAGGCUUUCAAAGAUGAAGAACAACUUGCUGAAAAUGAACGUGGGAUAGAGAUGAAAGGAGAUGGCGAGACUAAAAUCUCACAUGUUUUUAACAACAGAGGGAUGUUUGGUUAUCUACAAGUUUGCAACCUUGUGUAUGACCGACUUGUCAGUCAGAACGAAACUUGGAGAGAAGUUCUCACAAAGAAAGUGUCCUUGCAGUCUGUCCUGGGAUCACUUGGAGACAACAAACUCUUCAGAUUUAACCAUCUAAUAAACAGCCUAAGAGAUGAGGUUGAGAGAAAAUGUGCAUUUUUUGAUAAAUAUCUUACUUACUCAAAGCCUGACAUGAAGAAAGAUGAUCCCUCAUACAUUUCUAGAGACACCUCAGACUGCUACAGGAAGUAUGUCGGAGACUACCCACCAAAGCAUUUCAAAGACAAAGGUGCUGAUCUCAUCCAGAAGCUUAAGCAAAACCGGGCAGACACAUCUGCUGGAGUACUCUCAUGUCUUGACAGAGAAUGCGCUGAAUCAGACCUUAAGGAAAUAACUACAUGGUGGGAAGAAAUCUUUUCACAGAGAGAUUCGGUCUCAGCUCUGGCCAACUACAUCCUCAAUCAUAUUGUGUUAAAAAAUCUGAGAGCAAUGUUUCCUUCUGAUUGCAAUGAUUUAACUGUGUUUAAACCAAAAAUGCCUCUGAUCCCCGAAGAUUCACCUGAGCUCCAGAUGUUAACCCUCCUCCUGUGCUGGCCUUCAGACAGUAAAGAGAAAUGUGUCCUUGACCUCAAUGAAUUAAUUCUGCUUAUGCACCACUCCUAUGAACGUGCAUAUAAGAUACACUUUCGAUCAAGGUACCUCACCCCUCUGUUUUUCAUUGGAAAAGGUCAAGAUCUGAGCAGAAUUGUUCACAGAAAGGUCCUCAAAGAAAUGUUUCUUGAACAAAAUGAGGAAACAAUACAAGAUUGGAGCAACAACUGGAGCAACGAGAAGAUUUUCAAAGAUCCGACGAUCCAAGCACGCCUUCUCAAAGUUGAAGGGGUGGUACGAAACUACAGAGUCUAUGCAAGAAUUGAUGGUAAAGAGAUUGAGAUGGAUGCAAACCUCCGAAACAGCCUCUGGAGAUCACGCCAAGUUUCCUUUUACAUUGGAUUUACCAUCAGAGGUCCUGUAGCCUUUGCCAUCCAGACAAAACCUGCAGAAAAGGUACAAUCCUCAGCGAUGGCUAGCUCAGAACCCAAGGAAAUAAAACCACAACUCUCUCCAUGGACGGAUAAAAAUCGAGGUCAUUUCGUAGAUCUCCAUCAGACAGAUCUGAUUAACAGAGUGAUUGAUACAGAAGGCAUCCUGUUGAAGCUCAAGAAUAGGGGGUUGAUCUCAAAUGAGAACUAUGAGGCUGUGAGAGCUUUAAAAUCCAGAAAAGACCAGAUGAGUGGCAUUAUUCAGAGUUUGACUUCCAGCACAAUGGGCAAAGACGCUCUCUGUGACAUCCUUAGAAGGAUGAAGAGUAUGAGGCCUCUCAUCAAUGAGCUUGAGGGAUCUGAUUGAAGGAGCAAAAUGUAAAAGUAGAAAUAUGUGUUUCUGACAUUAAGUGGGCUUUUGACACAAUAGUUGCUGGACACAAUGUUAUCAAUUAAAUCCAGCGCCCUAUACUAGUCAUCAGGAAAGCACUUUUAGUGAUAAACCUAUUUGUGUCUGCUGUGAAAAGGAAUGCUCCAGGUCAUUUAUAUCAGCUGAUCGCACAUCAGACACUUCAGAUGAAAAGAGCAAUGAAAUUAAGCUCCUAAACCUGUAAUCAUUUACAUAGCAUCUGUUUAAGCAUUUUGUUAUUGGAUUUAUGACAUUUGAAAAUACAAGGCCUCUUAAAGCUACUAAAGAAGCAACAUGAAAUAUUUGUA